AUGAGGCAGAGGGGACGCGCUGCACUCCUAGUGGCACUGCUGCUCCUGGCACAGCUGCGCCCCGGGAGUAGUCAGUGGAGCCCGGUGACUGCGGCAGCGACCGAGGUCCAGGAUCCGAAUCUGCGAUGGAGUCCUGGGACACGGAAUCAGGGCGGCGGCGCCCGCGCUCUCCUAUUGCUGUUGGCUGAGCGCUUCCCGCGCCGCGCGGGAUCGGGGACACCAGGCGGCGAGCGGCAGAGACGGGACGACCCUCCGCUGUCCAUCGACCUCACCUUCCACCUGCUGCGGACCCUGCUGGAGCUGGCCCGGACACAGAGCCAGCGCGAGCGCGCAGAGCAGAACCGCAUCAUACUCCAUUCGGUGGGCAAGUGA